AUGACCGUGCUCUGGCGGCCGGAGAGCGGCAUCAUUUAUAAGGAACGGGAGGACUUGACACUCCGGCCCCGUUCCUGUCUUCAGUGCUCCGAGUCCCCAGUAGGCCCCCAGAUGGGCAGAAGCACCGACCAGGGUGACCUUGACCAGCUUAAAGAAUUGUAUUCAGCUGGGAACUUGACGGUGCUGGCUACUGACCCCCUGCCCCACCAGGACCCUGUGCAGUUAGACUUCCAUUUCCGCCUCACCCCUCAGACCUCUGCCCAUUGGCACGGCCUUCUCUGUGACCAUCGACUCUUCCUGGAUAUCCCAUAUCGGGCCUUGGAUCAAGGGAACCAGGAAAGUUUGACUGCCACACUGGAGUACGUGGAGGAAAAAACCAAUGUGGAUUCCGUGUUUGUAAACUUCCAAAACAACCGGAAUGACAGGGGUGCUCUACUACGGGCCUUCAGCUACAUGGGCUUUGAGUUGGUCAGACCAGGUCACCCUGCCCUCCCUCCCUGGGACAAUGCCAUCUUUAUGGUGUAUCCCCUUGAAAGGGACUUGGACCACCUACCCAGUGACCCUCCCUGA